AUGAAAUCCGAUGAAGAAUCGGAUGUUAGCUACGAAUCUGGCAUAGACGCCUCAGAUUCAAAAGAAGGAUUAAAUGUCAACAAUGUGAUGCUCGAUGAGACAGUAUCGCCAGCUGCAAGUGAGAUUCUCGCCAAUGAUUUUAUAGAAGGUUUUAAUGAUGAAUUAUUUCUAAAUAAGCUAUCGCAACGUGAAUUUACUGUAUUUUUACUUUCCGAAGUUGGUAAACCUAUUUACGCUUCUUGUGGACACGAAGAAGAAUUGUGUUCUUUAACAGCUUUAAUACAAACAUUCGUUAUGGUUGCAGAAUCAUGGGAAGAUAGCCUUAUUAAUAUGUGCUCAGGCAAUUUAUAUAUUGCUUUUUCUCAUCGAGGGCCAUUGAUCAUUUGCAUUAUCGUUCGAGAUAAUUGUCUUCUUGAUACUCAUAUUGACCUUGUUUAUAAACAAGUGCUUUCAGUAUUAUGUCGUGUACAGUUAUUAUCCAUUUUCGAUUUGAAGGGUCCUAGUUUCGAUUUAAGGAUUCUUCUGAGAGGAAUGGAUCGAUUGAUCAGUGAAAUUCUGUACUAUUAUCGUUCGGACGUCACUUUUUUUCAAAAAAGUGUUCGCGUCUUUCCAAUGCCUUUAGCUGAGCGCGAAUUUAUUGCAAACACAAUUUCUAAUUGUGUAAAUAAUACAAAGCCCUUGAAUUUCCUGAUUGAUCCCUUUGUUCCAUUCUUGUGUACAUCUUUAUCAAGCUCAAGCUUAUCAGUAGGUGAAUAUCCUUAUCUUAUAGUGCUCAAGCUAUAUGAUAAGCUUUUGAAAAGAAUUUUUCCGGUAACAAAUGUGAUAUUGGGCAUUGUUAUUGUUCACCGUCAGUUGGUUGCAAUGGUUAGAAUGAAUGGAGUCCAAUUGCAUCCUUUCGAUUUACAUAUUAUUAUCAAUCUUGUGGAAUGCAAUCCAUCAAUAAAAAAUGCCCAUAAUUGGAUUCCCAUUUGCCUUCCUCAUUUUAACGAUGCAGGUUUUGUUCAUGCCUACAUCACAUAUUUUGCUGAAGAAAGUCCAGCUUGUUUGAUUCUUAUAUCGUUGGAACGAAAUGCGUUUGAACCUCUUCGAAUGGCGGUAGAUUCCAUAUUAACUAAAUUAAAAGCGUCGAAAUCAUAUACUGUCCUUGAAUCUCUUUUCACCAAUCCCCUCGAUUUUGAGAUAGAUACGGCAUUAUUUCCCGAUUUGUGGCACUUUAUUUUGAAAAAAAAUUCAGUAAGUCAAGUAUGUUCUUCUUUAUCUCAUGUUCCAUAUACAAGUAAAGAGGAACGUCGACGCUUGCAGAAGUGUUACCGUAAGAUUGCAGAUUUUUGUUCACGAGCAAACCUCCAAGAAAUCUUUAUUAAAUCACCAGAAAACUGCAUUUAUGUUAAUGUUUGUUUACAAUCUUUACAUUAA